UGGCUCGUCCAUCACAGCCAAAAGAGAAACAAGAAUCAGUUACAUCGAUGUCAAGCAGAAGGAAAAAUACAAGUAAUUCAAGGAUUGGUCAUAUUUGGGGCCAAAAUGAUGUUUGUGUUCCCUUCCUUUUCAAAAACCUAAGUUUUGUUUGCCGCCAUAUACAAGAAGCUGGUGUCUAAUAGCAAGUGAUGCAAUUUGGAAGUUCGUUGUAUGGACCAGAUAGGGACUGCUCAGAAUUUCCAUUAAAGUCUGGAAUUCUUUUGCCACGGUUUGUAACAGGCUUUCCUUGCAUCGGAGAGAAAAUGGAAUGCAGGCGGGAAUGGCCGGGUGAAGAUACAAUUCAAUACAAUACUAUAGUCAUCUCAACGGCAGCUCGCAUAUUGAGAUUUGCUUCCUUGGUUCUGAGUCACUUAGGCUUUCCCGUUCCCUUUCCUGAAGAUCCUCAGCUUCCCCCUUGAAUUGCGUAAAAUGGGUAGAAUUGUAAGCGCCUGAAAUUCCUAGGGUUGGUGACCCCUGGUGCCAGGAAGGGGUCUCGAGUCUUCAGUCCUCAAAAGUCGCCUUUCAGGCCUCAUUUAGAACAUGACAAAGCCACAUGAGUCCUAGUCCCGAGUCCCACGAAGAGCUCAGCGCACCUGGAAAAUCCAGUGCAACGCCGCGAACCCACUCCCAACUCCGGUGAAACAAUACCAGAGACGUCAUACCCUAAAGCCCCCGCCCACUCAGAGCCCACUAGCGGGCGCAUGCGCAGAACAGGGGAGGCCCGGCAGCCAUCCUGGGGUCGUAGGAGUUUGCACGGUGGUCACAGUCACGGAAAGGCCUGGCUUCCUCCCCGUGGUGAGGAGAUCCCCGGCAGCGGCCAUCUAGGAAUACUACCCGAAGAGAAACCAAGGAAGCAGCAGUGCAGUCUCCAGCGCCUUUCCGUUUCAAACCCUAACAUCCGGUUCGUUACCGGUUCCGGUCCCCGCCUUCACUUCCGGUCGCCUUCCGUUCCGCUUCGGCCGGUCCUUGCGUCCGCUGCCGCCGGUUCCGCCGCGCUUAAGGUAUCUUUUUGCUGAACGAAAGCUGACUCAUCAUAUGUUUCAAGGAUGGCUCUCCCUAUCAUUGUAAAAUGGGGCGGACAGGAAUAUUCAGUGACCACGCUUUCAGAAGAUGAUACCGUGCUAGAUCUCAAACAGUUUCUCAAGACCCUUACAGGAGUGCUACCUGAACGCCAAAAGUUGCUUGGACUCAAAGUUAAAGGCAAACCUGCAGAAAAUGAUGUUAAGCUUGGAGCUCUCAAACUGAAACCAAAUACUAAAAUCAUGAUGAUGGGAACUCGUGAGGAGAGCUUGGAAGAUGUCUUAGGUCCACCUCCAGACAAUGAUGAUGUUGUCAACGACUUUGAUAUUGAAGAUGAAGUAGUUGAAGUAGAAAAUAGGGAAGAAAACCUACUGAAAAUUUCUCGCAGAGUGAAAGAGUACAAAGUGGAAAUUUUGAAUCCUCCCCGGGAAGGGAAAAAGCUUUUGGUACUAGAUGUCGACUAUACAUUAUUUGACCAUAGGUCUUGUGCAGAGACUGGAGUAGAAUUAAUGCGGCCGUAUCUUCAUGAAUUCCUAACGUCUGCAUAUGAGGAUUAUGACAUUGUUAUUUGGUCUGCAACAAAUAUGAAGUGGAUUGAAGCUAAAAUGAAAGAGCUGGGAGUGAGCACAAAUGCAAAUUAUAAGAUUACCUUCAUGUUGGACAGUGCUGCUAUGAUAACAGUGCAUACUCCGAGGAGAGGAUUAAUAGAUGUAAAGCCCCUUGGUGUUAUAUGGGGAAAGUUUUCGGAAUUUUACAGCAAAAAAAACACCAUUAUGUUUGAUGACAUAGGAAGAAAUUUUCUGAUGAACCCACAGAAUGGACUAAAGAUAAGGCCUUUUAUGAAAGCGCACUUAAAUCGAGAUAAAGACAAAGAACUUUUAAAAUUAACUCAGUACCUCAAGGAAAUAGCAAAACUAGAUGACUUUUUGGACCUAAAUCACAAAUAUUGGGAAAGGUAUCUCUCAAAGAAGCAAGGACAGUAAUUACAAGUUAUCCUGGCAGUUAUUCAAGAUACUUGAGAUCCAUGAACUUCUUGCUUUUAUGCUAGAAAUCAUUAAGAUCGUGCUGGACACUGAAGCAAAUACCAGACUGCUUAUACUUGGUCUUCCAGUUUUUUGUAAAUUUAAUUUUAUAUUUUUUGAAGAUCAUAGCAAUAUGCUAAAAAAAAAUUAUCCUUUUUUUCCCCUGUGUGAAUAUACUGUUACUCUUGAAAAGUAUUUUCUCCAGCAUUGAGUACUGAGUUUUUUUUCCCACACACAAAAGAAAAUGGACAAAAAUGUAUAAUCAACAGUGUCAUUUUCUGACUUUGGAAACAAGUUACGUCUUGUGGCUUUGUCUCAUUUUUUUGUUGUUUGACUAAAUCUCAAACCCAUCUUGAAACUACUGCUCUUCCCUGUAAAACCAAAAAAAGUUUCUGAGUGAGGAACCUAGUUUGCUAUGUUUAAAAUCACCAGAAGUUUUUUUUAUUCCUUUGUCAUAGACACAUUUCUCUUCUUAUUCCACUAUUUACACCUUUAAUUUCUGAGCUGUCUCCGUUUGGUCUCUAUGUGUGUCAGUGUUCUUUGAGUAAAACUGGAAAACAUCAGCUAUGACACAGACAUGUCAUAGUUUGAGAAAUAGAAAACAUGAGGCUGAAGAAUAAGGAACAAGUGUCUGUUUCUUUUUGGUGGCUAAGUAGAAGCACUUCUGCCUAAAACCAUUGUCAAUAAAGCAGUUAAAGGCAAUAUAUUGGAACAUAUCACUGGUUCUGCCCUAAAAAGCAUGACCACGAAGUUUUUGUUCUGUUCCAGCCGUUAUCCUGUCUAAGUGCAAACACUGUGUUUCAGUGAAAAUAUCUAGCCAUAAGGUUAAAAAAAAAAUUAUUUGCAAUGCUUAUGCCUGCAGAUGUGUGAUGUGACCACUGUUUUGUGUUGACAGUAUUGCGUUAUACAGUUCUUGUGUUUGAAAGGAAUCUGGUCCUUCCAAGUAAACAUGGUGUAUAUUGUUCUUACGGGACUAUUGCAGUGGGGUAAAUAAUAAAUACCUUUUCUUAAAA